UUAAGAACUUUUAUUACAUACCCACCCAAUUUCAGACUACUGUUUUAAAACUUGUUUCUCUGGCAAUUACUUCUGAACUUGUUUGGGAGAGAAUAAGAAAUGUGGACAUCCACACCUACAGAGCCAUUUAACACGUUUUAAGCUCCACAACACCAGACAGGAGAAUAAAUAUACUGUAGAAUUGUGGUGUCUCACUAUCUAAAAGCCUCCAAGAACCUAGAAAGUCACAGGAGUGGCUGUAUGAUGGAGAGAUUAGAGAGUCCUGCCUGACUAAUACCAAGCUUACUUUGGCAGCCUACGGAGCCAUUUUUGGGCCAUUGCCUGGGAGAAGCUAGGCAAUGUCAGCUAGGCACAUGACCAAGAGUAGGCAAUAGAGAUCAACCAAUCAACCACUUUUGUUGGUUAAGCCACCCAGGAAUCCCAAUGAAUCCUUCUCAAUAUGUUAAUUCAAAAUGUAUUGGUUAUGGUAGAAGAGGUGCUAAUGGUGAAUACCUGAGCAACAGAAUUCAGAACAUUCCCCAGAUGUAGAGCUUAUACAAAAGCAUCCUGUUCCCAGUACUUUGAAUAGUAUUUGUUUUCUUUCUGCCACUCUGUUUAGUCAACUUGUGAGUGUACAUUACAAUUGCAUUGCCAAAAGGUGGCGUAAUUGUAUUUAAUCAAUGCUUGUAAAGUAUUUGCCUUUGUAAAGUGUAAAAAAAUGGUAUUGCAUCAUCCUAUCAUAAAACUUCCUAAUUUCAAGUACUGGUCAGCACAAAACUGAAAUGUUCUAUGUGUCCAAUGUGCUGAGCUAGGAGAAAAAGAUUAAAAAAAUAUUUUGGUAGAACAUCCUUACUAAUCAAAAUGCCUUACAAAGCCAACUCAUCAUAAGGAUGUGAGAUCAAGAGACAUCACAAGUAUAUUGGCCUCUGCUCUCUAGGUACAGUAGAUUUUAACUUGGGGUACCACCUUACCAUUCAAAUUACUGAGAUGUUAUAGUCCCAGUGAACCUGGUGUGAAGCCAUAAGUGAUAGCACAAAAAUAACUAAGGAAGCAAGCCUCAUUGUUUUUGUGCUCUCACUUAUGGCUUCACACCAGCUUCAAUGGGGCUGAGGGGUUCGUUCAAAAUGAGGCAAUGGGUUCGUUCAGACAAAAAGGAUAGCAAACCAUAGCAAAAGAUCAUUACCUGCAUCCCCAAUAAAAUGACAUAUCAAAGUGGUCAGGAGACUCUAGAUCACUAGUCUGCUUCCACCUUAGCAAAUGUGAUUUUUGGUUCUGUAGUUACUGUAGCUAAAGCAUUAUUCAUAUACAGUCUCAAUGAUGAUAGCUUUGCACAUCCAUUUGCAUGUAUUCCUGUAUUUUCUGUAAGUAGUGAUUGAGUGUGUUGGGGUGAUCUUGAUUUGGGGGUUAUUGUUUGAAGGUGAAAAGGAAUUGCAAUUAGUACUUACAAAAGUGUUACAGUAAAUGUUUUAUUAUGUGAUUUGGUAUUGUAAAAAAGCACUUUUCCAUCAAAAAAGGUUUAUUUUAUAAGUGCUGUUGAAGAUGUGUAAAAACAUUUUUCUGUGAAGCUGUAUUCAGCGUCUUUUUUCUCAUGCAUGUGCACUAAUAGCACGCAUGAGCAAUUCACAAGGAACACUGUAAUUCCACUUCCCCAAGUUCCCACUGCUGAAUUUGUGAGUGGGUGUCCAAAUCGCACUAAAAAACUAAGAGCCAUGCAGAAGAUUUUUUAAUAAUACAGAAUUCUUAUUCCCUGAUUUUACUUUGAACUACGUUAGCAGUGACUUCAUUUUUGUAAUUUCCAAUAAUAUUUAACAUAUUUGAAGACCACACAAAGAAAACGAAAGGAUGGUUUCCCCUUUUUGUUUUCAUUUUUUAACGUUUGUUCUCCACGAUUAGAAACUUCAGACGUAUUCAGAUCAGAACACGUUCUGAGAACAGAAACGCCAGUUUCACUUGGUACAAGAAAAAUAUCACUCCGGCAUUUUAAUUGUCAGCGUAUUCUUCUGAGAGUGAAGCGGCGGUGUGGAGGCAUUGACUGCUGAACAUGCAGACAAAGGUCCUCUUGUCAAUGUUGCUGUUGGCAGUAUUGAAAGAGAAUGUGUGUAGCUACUCUCCCUGUUCCAUAAAGAAUAUGUUUGUUCCUGAAGGUGAACUUGCAAUUCUGACAUGCAGUUCUACUGUGAAAUGGAAUGGUAAUAGCUCUAAACAAGACUGGAGUCUCAGCUCCUCAAGUGGUUUUAUGGAGCUGAAACCAGAGCAGAGAGAAUCAAUGAUCUUUUCUGGGACAAAUCUCAUAUUGUUGGGUGUCAUGUUAAACAACAGCGGGAUCUACCAAUGUACCCUGCGAAAUGAAACCAGUGUCAUCGCAUCCAAUCAGUAUAAUCUAACAGUAUACAGAGGAAAGUGCUUCAUGGAGGAGUACUUAAAUCCAGUAAAUGGCUUAGUUGAGAAUUCAGUCACUCUGCCUUGUAAAAAGAAGAAGGAUAUUCCUCUCCGUAACCCAUGGAUUACAUGGCUGAAGGAUUGUGAGAAGAAAAUUAUCUCUUCAAAUGAGAUACAUUUUUCCAGUCUAACACAAAGUGAUGCAGGAAUAUACACCUGCAUUCAAACUUAUGAGUAUGGAGGCAAACAAUACAAUUUCUCAGAAUUCACAAAGCUGAUUGUAAAUGAGAUUUCUGACACUCUGGAACCCCAGAUUAUUUACCCCAGAGAAAAUGAUGCAAUUGAAGUUGAAUUGGGUAUAUCACAAGUAAUCACCUGCAAAGCAGUUUAUAAAGAUAAUGAUUUUAUCGUUUUGUACUGGUUAAAUGACACAGAUCCUGUAGAACAGUGCAAUAAUGGAGUACGUGUCUGUACUAAUGGCUCCAGCGAACACAUAAUUGAUGGGAAAACUCAACUGAUUUCAUCUUUAGUGAUUAAAUAUUUUACUGAAGAGGACAUGAUGAAUAAAUAUGUCUGCAAACUAGAUGGUGGAUUAAAAAACAAAAAUGUAUCUAUAACCUUUAAACUAAAAGAGAGUAAUCUUCAAGGAACACAAUCUAUUUUUCUGUGGUCUGGAGUAUUGGGAGUGUUUUCAGUUACAAUAGUUACUGUUACAGUUCUGUAUGUCAAGCUUAAGAUCUACAUUGCCCUGGUCUUCAGAGAUUUUACUGGUAAAGAUGACACACUUGGAGAUGGCAAGGAAUAUGAUGCCUAUAUCACAUACUAUAAGACUAGUAGUUCAAAAUCAUUUAUUCCAAAAGAAAGAAAUAAUUUAUUAGAGAUUCUGGAGCAUCACUUUGGCUACCGGCUUUGCAUUUAUGAACGUGAUGUUCUUCCUGGAGGAGCUUUUGCGGACACCAUUCUGGAAUACAUUGACAAGAGCAGAAGGUUGAUAAUGAUACCGAGUGCGGAUGACCCAGCACAUGAAAGUCAAUAUGAGUUAGUAACUGGUCUGCAUAAUGCUCUGGUUGAUAAGAAAAUACAGAUCAUCAUAAUUCAGUGUGAACCAAAGGCAGACCUGGACUCUUUUCCGGAGCCUUUGAGGCUUCUUGUGAAGUCUAAUGGAGCAGUUAGAUGGAAAGACAGAAAGUCGAAAGAGCUGGAAUCAGUGUUUUGGAAGAAAUUGCGGUAUUUGAUGCCAGCAAAGAAGCGGACUGUGUCCAGUCCAGAAGAAGUAAAUAUGGUGUGAACAAAGCAGGAAAAUAUAGAACGGUUUGAAAACAUUUAUUUCCCCCUGGAAUUAUUGCUCAAAUACCAUUAUGAACUGUACUGUCUUAUAGUCUAUGAGGUUUAUUAAUAUGCACAAUAUUAUAACACACUUCUGGCUGUAUCUUUAAAUUUGCUUCAAGUUUAAAGUACUGGAAAUAAUUAUGGAAACAGGGAAACGUGGAUUUAUAAUAAAAUCUACACCAUAUAAAAUUAUAGCUUUCAUGUGAAAAUAAAAUGUUACCUCAUUA